AUGUGGAAGCUGAAGAUAGGAGCAGAGACAGUUGGAGAAGGCGGUUAUCAAUGGCUGAAGAGUGUGAACAAUCACUUGGGACGGCAAGUGUGGGAGUUCAAUCCAGAGCUUGGAAGCCCAGAAGAGCUUCAACGGAUUGAAGAUGCCCGCAAGGCUUUCUGGGACAACCGUUUUGAGAGGCGGCACAGCUCUGACCUCCUCAUGAGAAUUCAGUUCGAAAAGGAGAAUCCAUGUGUCACUAAUCUGCCACAACUCAAAGUUAAAGAUGAAGAAGAGGUGACGGAAGAGGUGGUGAAAAUGACCUUACGAAGAGCUAUCAGUUUUUAUUCAACAAUCCAGGCACAUGAUGGUCAUUGGCCUGGGGAUUAUGGGGGUCCAAUGUUUCUGCUUCCUGGUUUGUUCAUUACACUUUCAAUUACUGGAGCUCUAAAUGCUGUGCUAUCAAAAGAGCAUCAACGUGAAAUGUGCAGAUAUCUCUAUAAUCAUCAGAAUAAAGAUGGGGGAUGGGGUCUACAUAUUGAGGGGCCAAGUACCAUGUUUGGUACUGCACUAAAUUAUGUAACUUUGAGGUUGCUUGGUGAAGGUGCCGAUGAUGGACAAGGGGCAAUGGAAUUAGCACGAAAAUGGAUAUUAGACCAUGGUGGUGUGACUAAAAUUUCUUCAUGGGGGAAAAUGUGGCUUUCAGUACUUGGGACAUAUGAAUGGUCUGGGAAUAAUCCACUGCCGCCAGAAGUAUGGCUAUGUCCUUACUCUCUCCCAUUUCAUCCCGGAAGAAUGUGGUGUCAUUGUCGAAUGGUGUAUUUGCCCAUGUCAUAUUUGUAUGGGAAGAGGUUUGUUGGACCUAUCACACCUACAAUCUGGGCAUUGAGGAAGGAGCUUUAUAGUGUCCCCUAUCAUGAAGUUGAUUGGAAUCAAGCUCGCAAUCUUUGUGCAAAGGAAGAUCUGUACUACCCACACCCAAUGGUUCAGGAUAUUUUGUGGGCAUCUCUUCACUAUGUAUAUGAACCUGUUUUCACGCGCUGGCCUGCGAAGGAAUUGAGGGAGAAUGCUUUGCAGACUGUAAUGCAGCAUAUUCAUUAUGAAGAUGAAAAUACUUGGUAUAUAUGCAUAGGGCCUGUUAACAAGGUGUUAAAUAUGCUUUGCUGUUGGGCAGAGGAUCCAAACUCAGACGCAUUCAAGUUGCAUCUUCCGAGAAUCCCUGAUUAUUUGUGGGUUGCUGAGGAUGGCAUGAAAAUGCAGGGCUACAACGGAAGUCAAUCAUGGGAUACUUCUUUUGCAGUUCAAGCGAUCAUAUCAACUAACCUUGCUGAAGAAUUUGGACCUACUUUAAGAAAAGCGCAUGAAUACAUAAAAGAUUCCCAGGUCUUAGAAGAUUGUCCUGGAGAUCUGAAUUUUUGGUAUCGUCACAUUUCAAAAGGUGCCUGGCCUUUCUCAAUAGCAGAUCAUGGAUGGCCCAGCUCUGACUGCACUGCAGAAGGACUGAAGGCUGCCUUAUUACUAUCAAAACUUCCAACGGGAAUAGUUGGCGAAUCAUUGGAUAUGAAGCGAUUAUAUGACGCUGUAAAUGUUACGCUUUCCUUACAGAAUGAUGAUGGUGGUUUUGCGACUUAUGAAUUAACCAGAUCAUACCAGUGGUUGGAGCUAAUCAACCCUGCCGAAACUUUUGGUGACAUUGUUAUCGAUUAUCCAUAUGUGGAAUGCACCUCGGCAGCAAUUCAAGCACUUACAAUGUUCGGAAAAUUAUAUCCUGGACAUAGGAGGGAAGAAAUAGAAAGCUGUAUUGCUCGUGCGGCAAAGUUCAUUGAAAAUAUACAAGCAACAGAUGGCUCUUGGUACGGUUCCUGGGGAGUAUGCUUCACCUAUGCUGGGUGGUUUGGGAUAAAGGGGUUGGCUGCUGCUGGAAGGACAUAUAAAGACUGCUCUAGUAUCCGUAAAGCAUCUUCCUUCAGGUGGAUGGGGAGAAAGUUAUCUGUCAUGUCAGAACAAGGUUCAAUGGUGUAUAGAAAUCUCAAAGACAAUAGGCCACAUAUAGUCCAUACUGCAUGGGCUAUGUUGGCCCUCAUUGGUGCUGGACAGGCUAAGAGAGACCCAACUCCAUUGCACCGUGCAGCUAGAGUACUUAUAAACUCUCAAAUGGAAAAUGGAGAUUUUCCUCAAAAGGAGAUCACGGGAGUCUUCAACAAGAACUGCAUGAUCAGCUAUUCGGCCUACCGAAACAUUUUUCCCAUUUGGGCCCUUGGAGAAUAUCGUUGUCAGGUAUUGGAGGCCCUCUGA